AUGUGUAAUACGUCGAUCUUGGUGUUUUAUGUAACAGUCAACAAAAGUCUCAAGCAGCAAUGCCAUGGAGGGAUCAAGAAAAAGCUUGUGUCUCUCAGCCGCUCCACAAAGCACCACGUUGUGAAGUUCUGGAUAGAGAGCCUUAUCCGACACAUAUACUGGUGUCCAAAGUACAGUGGGGAAAGUGGUGACCUUUGUCUGGCGAAGUGGGUAUCGGCAGUGAACCACAUUGUCGAUGUCCAUGAGCAUGACAACUCACUGUACCCAGUUUGUUAUCAUGGCCCAGUUUCAGAACCACGAGAAUGGCUCAAAGAAGAUAGUGAGACGUACGCAAAGGUCAAGGACAUCUUGACAGCACCCGCACUGCUCAGGGAUGUCCCUAUGCUUUCUGCAAAACAACAGACAUAUGGCCUGGAGUCAUACCACAGUGUCCUGAACCACUUUGUUCCGAAAUCCUAUUCGUUUUCUGAUGAGGGGAUGGUGGCCAGGACACAGUUGGCAAUACUCCAUUACAACGAGAAUGCUGACCGUGUGCAAGUGGAAAGAGAGGGCUCCAAGCAGUUCCGACUGAAGCCAUCCAAGCUGAAAAAGACGUGGGUGGCCGUACCCCUCAAAGAAAAUGCUACCUAUGAUUAUGCGGCAACACUGAUUGCAGAGGUUCUGACUCGCAUUCAAGAACACCAAACGCAGUCAGCAGCUGCAGAAACUCGGCCAGCUCGUUCAGCAACAUAUGGUGAGAAGCCAACUCUUAGGCAAGCUGUGGAACAACACCAAACACGGUUCCAGAAGGGAAAGUAGGCCAUGUCCACACCGGCUGAGGACCACGGACAGCUGGCCAUCUUGACAUAUGACAUCACAAACAGCCCUUUUCAGGGCCAACCAAUGCUUUACGCAAAGACAAGCGUUGCUUGUAGAUCAACCCACCUCAUAUGACAUUGCAUAUUAAUUCUCAAACCCAUUUUGAUAACUGCAUAACUAAAAUCAUUAAAGGGAC